CUGCUUCGGGUGUGACAGCAGAGUGCUCCGGACCCAAGUGGAACCACGCUCUCAUUCCUUGUCCUCCCCUGGACUAUCCUCAGUCCUAGCUUUGCCCUCUGGUACUGACAGGCUGAAUGCGUCCUGCCUCAUUUCACACCCUCCUGUACUCAGACAAAGCUCUUAGAGACUCGGUGUCUAAACUCAGUCUCUAAAGGGGGGGAGGAAGAGAAUCUUCAUAGAAAAACCAGCAUGGCAGAGGCCAGGAUCCCAAGUAACCGAUCUUAAGAAACCUGCCUUCAUGUCCCAGGGCCUGCCCUGCCCAUAACCCUGGUGAGCACAGACCUGUUGGCAGUAAUUGGUUGGGGCUAACUGACAUCUGCUUCCUGGAGCAGAGGGCUGGGGAGAUGGGAUGAAGGCCAACUCUGGAAAAACCAGAGCCAGACACAGGCCAUGAGGGACAGCCAGGUGCCAGGACUGUGAGCUCACAUCACUCCCGGCAUCCACACAUGCACGCCUGAAUGAACCAUCAAAUGCAGGGGUGAGACGUGUCCAGAAUGCAUGCUCUUCCUGAAAGGGGGCAGAUGGCAGGGCCAGCAGAGCCUCCUUCCCAAGGAUGCCGCCCGCGCCAGCCGAUGGGCUUACUGGGAGACUCUCUCCUGGACGGCCGACACAGCCUCCUAUAUACUUCCAUGAUCCAAGCCCCGUGACAGAUGAGAAGACGGAGGCACAGAAAGCUCACCUAACUGACCUGCAAGGACCGAAAGCCAGGAUUCAAACCCAGACCUGCCUGACUGCAGAGCUGGAGGGCUUUGCUUCUCUACUCUCCUGCAUCCGAGGGCCCCCAGUCCCCCAGUCCACGUGCAUACCCCCGCACAGCGCCACGCCAGAUCCACUCGCGACCCAUCCCUCCUGCUCGCCUCCGCUUCAGCUGCCGGCUGAGUCCUAGCCCUGCUCCCUUGAACCACCUCCUCCCCGUGACUGGCCACUGCCUGGAAGGAGAAGACAUGGGAGCGCCUCCGUCCAAGGCCAGGGGUCUCUCGAUCCAACUCCAGAAACUGCUGACCUCCUGGCUGGUGGGACAGCAAGACUGGGAUCAGCGUCUGGACGAGACGUACAUGCUGCAGCAGAAGAAGAUUCGAGAGUCUCCUCUGCUUCGGGCAGCCAAGGACAACGACCUGUGUGUCCUGAAGAAACUUCUGCUGGACCGAAACUGUGACUUCCGGCAACGAGGGGCCGUCGGGGAGACGGCACUGCACGUGGCCGCCCUCUAUGACAACCUGGAGGCCGCCAUGGUGCUGAUAGAGGCUGUCCCCGAGCUGGUCAAGGAGCCUGCCAUCUGUGAGCCAUUUGUAGGUCAGACGGCGCUGCACAUAGCGGUCAUGAACCGGAACGUGAACCUGGUGAAAGCCCUGCUCGCCCACGGGGCCAGCGUCUCUGCGAGGGCUGUAGGCUCCGCCUUCCGCCUCAGUCCUCACAACCUCAUCUACUUUGGGGAGCACCCUCUGUCCUUUGCCGCCUGCAUGGGCAGCGAGGAGAUCGUGAGGCUGCUCAUUGAGCAUGGCGCUGACAUCCGGGCCCAGGACUCCCUGGGAAACACAGUGUUGCACAUCCUCAUCCUCCAGCCCAACAAAACCUUUGCCUGCCAGAUGUACAACCUGCUGCUGUCCUACGACAGGCGAGGGGACCACCUGCAGUCCCUGGACCUCAUGCUCAAUCACCAGGGCCUCACCCCCUUCAAGCUGGCCGGAGUGGAGGGCAACACUGUGAUGUUCCAACACCUGAUGCAGAAGCGGAAGUACAUCCAGUGGACAUGUGGGCCGCUGACCUCUACACUCUACGACCUCACGGAGAUCGACUCCUGGGGAGAAGAUGCGUCCUUUCUAGAGCUUGUGGUAUCCUCCAAGAAACGGGAGGCUCGUCAGAUCCUGGAGCAGACCCCAGUGAAGCAGCUGGUGAACUUCAAGUGGAGGAAGUACGGGCGGCCUUACUUCUGCAUCCUGGGAGCCUUGUAUGUGCUCUAUAUGAUCUGCUUCACCAUGUGCUGCAUCCACCGCCCUCUCAAGGCCCGUAGUGGCAACCGCACAGAUUCCCGAGACGUCACCAUAUUCCAGCAGAAGCUGCUCCAGGAGGCCUACGUGACUCAGCAGGAUAAAAUCCGGCUGGUGGGGGAGCUGAUGACGGUCCUCGGGUCAGCGAUCAUCCUAUUCCUAGAGAUCCCAGAUAUCUUCAGGGUUGGUUUCUCCCGCUAUUUUGGACAGACUGUCCUCGGGGGGCCAUUCCAUGUCAUCACCAUCACCUAUUCCUUCCUGGUGCUGGUGACCAUGGUGAUGCGGCUCACUGACACCAACGGGGAGGUGGUACCCAUGUCCUUCGCCCUGGUGCUGGGCUGGUGCAGCGUCAUGUACUUUGCGCGAGGAUUCCAGAUGCUGGGCCCCUUCACCAUCAUGAUCCAGAAGAUGAUUUUCGGAGACCUGUUGCGUUUCUGCUGGCUGAUGGCUGUGGUUAUCGUGGGAUUCGCCUCAGCGUUCUAUAUCAUUUUCCAGACCGAGGACCCAACCUCUCUGGGGGAAUUCUAUGACUACCCCAUGGCGCUCUUCAGCACCUUUGAGCUCUUCCUCACCGUCAUCGACGGGCCCGCCAACUAUGAUGUGGACUUGCCCUUCAUGUAUAGCAUCGUCUAUUUUGCCUUCGCCAUCAUCGCCACACUGCUUAUGAUCAACCUGUUGGUCGCCAUGAUGGGCGACACACACUGGCGGGUGGCCCACGAACAGGACGAGCUCUGGAGGGCCCAGGUCGUGGCCACCACGGUGAUGCUGGAGAGGAAGAUGCCUCGCACCCUGUGGCCGCGCUCCGGCAUCUGUGGGUACAAGUACGGGCUGGGGGACCGCUGGUUCCUGCGAGUUGAGACCAACCAAGACCAGAAUACUUUGCGAGCGCGUCGCUACGUGGAAGCUUUCAAGGGCUCCGACAAGGAGGAAGGACAAGGACAUCCCCCUGAGAAACGGCCCUCAGUGUCUGAAAGCGGGCUUCUAGCCAGAGCCUCCCUGGCCCUCCCGACCCCUUCCCUGUCCCGGACCACGUCUCGAAGCAGCGGCAGUCACCGAGGCUGGGAGAUCAUUCGUCGCAACACCCUGGGACACGUGAAUCUCGGACUGGACCUUGGGGAGGGGGAUGGAGAGGAUCGGGUUUAUCAGUUAUGAUCAGGACCCUUGUUACUCUCAUCCUGACUCCAGGUGGGCCUGGGUGAAGGCAGAGAAAGAGACACUGCUUGUGAAGCAUCCGCCCUUCCUGCCUGUUAACCCUGUGAGGGGUGGACAGAAGAAUUCUCCUAGGCCAUCCAUACCUCACCCAUCACCUCAGCAUUCCCAGGAAUGAGUGUCUUCUGGCUUCUUGGAAGUCCCACCUCUUGGGAAAAGAGGGUAUCUGUUCAAGCAGAGUUAGGCUUGGAAACUAAAGACACCAGGAAGGAUAUUGGAAACUAGGUGUCCGGGGUGCCCAUCACAGCCUCACUUCUGUCUCCAGCCCUUCUCAUCCCAGCCCUGUCAACACCCUCACCACAAAGCCGCAGCAACUUUUUAAGAGGACUGUGAUCUGGAAGAGCCAAAAGGUAAGCGGGAUUUGUGAAACUGCCCCUAGGUUCAUCCAGAUACACACGCAAGGCCCAGGUGAGUGUGGAAUGGUGAGGGAUAACUCACACACACACACACACACACACACACACACACACACACACACGCACACACAGGGGUUCACAGGUGGUACAGUUUCUAAAUGUGCUCAGUCAGCGUGAUUCCUCCUAUCUUCAUCCACAAUGGAAGCUCCCCCUCUCCUGUGUAAAGCUAAACUCCCAUCUCUAUUCCAGAUAGUUUUCUUUCUGUCUCUUCAGGCAGCUCUGUCCACCACUGUAUCCUCUAACUCCUCUCAUUAUUCUAACUUCAACCUCUCUCUCUCCCCAAGCGAUGCUAGUCAGCAAAUAACCAUGCUCUGCUCUUUCCUAUCCUUAAAGAGAUUGUAAUCGCCUCCCCUCGAUUUCCGUUUCUCCUUUCGGCUCCUGCUCUAUCUUUUUACUCCCUCUUCGGAGCCAAACUUCUUAAAAGGAGACUCUGUUGUCUGCUGAACUCACAUUGAGUCCCCACCCCAUUGUGGUUUGGCCUUGCCCCUCCUGCUACUGACAGCACUCUCAUCAAGGUCAUCUCCCCAUAGCUAACCCCGCUGAACCAUCUGAGUCUUGUGCAAACUCUGUAGGGCUCAAUACCCGUGGACCACUCACCCCCUCUCAGCACGCCCCUCGUGCCGUGCUCACCUCCCACUCUGCCUGCUUCUCUCCUCCCCAUCUCUUAAAUAGUUUUGGUCCAUGAAUCUCUCUGUUUUCCUCAGCACCUGGCAAUUCCUGCCACCUCCAUGGAUGAUGUUGACACACACGUUUGUGAUUCAAGACUUCUUUAUCUUGGCUUUAGUUCUGUCUCCUGAGCUCCAGGAGACAGCUCAGAUGCCUCUCUAUUAGACAACUCUACCUGGAUAUUUUACAGAUAUCUGGAACUUGACGUGUCCCAAACUGAACAGCUUUCCUUCCUCACCAAACCUGCUCCUCCACCAGCAUUUCCAAUCAAAUAAAAGCAGGCGAAAUUGCCUAAGCCCCAAACCUAGGCGUCUUCCUCCACACACCCAUCUCAACUCUCAUUUGCAGUCAGUCUCAGGUCUGGUGGAUUCUACUCCCUAAAACAUCUCAUUUGAGAAAGAAUAACUUUUGAGUAGAUGAUACAUCCCAUGGCCCGAGAUUCAAAGAGCACAUAAGAUAUACAAAUAAAAAAGCAUUCCUGCUUCUCUUCUGGCCCCUCAGUUAUCCACCUCCUCAGGGACAUUCAGUAGUGAGUUUGUUCUUUAUCCUUCCAAAAAUACUUUAUGCAUGGCCAAGCCUACCUACAUACGGGCUUCCCUGCUGGCUCAGAAGGUAAAGAAUCUGCCUGCAAUGCAGGCAGCUUGGAUUUGAUCCUUGG